AUGGCAAACGCCGAUCGCUUUUCAGUGUCAACAAUGCUCGAUUCUUUACAAGAUCUCCGACUUGCCGCCGCAACAGAACCCAGGAAUCAGGCGGUUGCUCCGCCUCCACGUGGCACCCCGAUCGCCAUCCCUCCUCCGCAGUCUAACCAAUUAAGAGAAGCCAAUACAUGCGGAUGCCCCUGGGGAUUCUGCGCCGCCUUAACUCCUCAAGAACUCGAGAUUCGUUUGCAACGGAUGUUCAACUUAAUGACUAACAGCGAAGAAGACGAUGACGCGUCCCCGUUUAAAGAGAUGAUCUCAAGGUUAGAGAAAAGAGAGCUUCAGGGGAUCGCGUCGUUGCUGACGUCAGACUCCGACUACUUCUUGGAGAUCGCAAGAAACAAGAACGGCUCCAAACGCCUACAGAAACUCCUCGGGAAAUCAAAUGACGUGGACUCCUUCUUCGCCGCCGCUAUCUUGACCCGCUUCCUCCACGUCAUGACCGACAGGCAAGCGUCCUACGUGGCGAUACGGGGUUUAGGAGUCUUCGACGAGGAGAGGAAAGAAGCAAUGUACGAGUACACGCUCCACCACGCGCUUCACUUGGCACGUGACCGAUACGGCUGCAUUACGCUCAACAAGAUCAUAACCGACUUGAACCAUCCUUUCUACAGGAGCCAGCUGCUAGACACGGUCGCGCACAACGCUCUGUUGCUAAGCAACGAUGCAACGGGGAACUUUGUGGUCCAACACGUGCUUAAGCUGAAUGACUUGCGUUGCACGCGUAACAUCGCAGUUAAUCUAUGUGGCCACUGUGUUGAUCUUUCGUUCAAGAAGUAUGGAAGCUACAUAGUGGAGAAGCUUUUGGAUGCGAAUGAGUCAGUGGCCGUGGUGGUGAUGGAGCUUUUGGAGUGCGAUGGAGGCAAGUUGAUGAGGCUGGCGAGGAGUGAGUAUGGGAAUUUCGUGGUGGCCAAGGCACUGAGAGUCACGCAGAUCGGGAUGACUAGGGCUCAUCUGUUUCAGGGUUUGGUGCAGAAGCUCAUGCCUUUCCUCUGUUUCUUUCAAAGGUCUCGUGGAAGCAACAUUGCAGCGAUCUUGGAGUCGGUCCAUAUGAUUUAG